GGAACUCAUUGAAGAUCAGUCGGAGAGAGAAGACACACAAAGAUGAAAGACAUCGUGGUCUUGUUGAUGCUGGUGUGGACAAUGCCUCUGUUAUCUGCAGGCAAUCAAUUAAUGAUUUCUCAUAGGUCCUUAGGAGGACCUUCAGGAGUGAUGGUUUCAGGAGACAAACUAGAAGGAGCAGUCCAAUGCGUUUUCACUCAUCUGUUUCCCAUCCAUGCUGUUGCUUCACCAAUACAUGGAGCAGCUCUCGGAGGCGGUCUGUUUUCAUCGCAGGCUACUGGAUUUGAAAAAUGUGGACCUCUAGGUGAUGAACUCAUAGGAUUAAUUGCAGGAUCUUUUGGGGGAGGAGUGGGUGGAGCAACAGGAGGAGCAGCUGGGGGAGCAGUAAUGGGAGCACUUGGGGGAAUGGUUGUAGGAGGACCUGCUGGAGCAGUUAAUGGAGCAGUUGCAGGGGCAAAAGCAGGAGCAGCUGUAGGAGUUGCCAUUGGUGCAUAUAAAGGAGCAAAAGAGGGAUACAAACAUGGGGGUGAACAUGGAGGAGCAGCAGGUGGGAGAGCUGGUGGAGAGGCAGGAACAAAAUGGGCUAAAGGCAAGGCUGACAGCAUUUUUGAUGACAUCACAGACCUAGGAGGAACGAUUGGAGAAACAGUGGGUGAAUAUACUGGAAAGGAGACUGAAAAACUUAUCAAACAUGCAGUAGGGUAAAGGAAUUAAGGGGUUGCAUGGGCAGGAUAUUAAACUGGGAAUGUUGUUAUUGCUGUAAUAAUGUGACACCCCUUCUCUCCAACUGUUCUCAUUGCAUUAUUAAUUGCAGAUGAUCGCAGUUUGUGUCACUGAACAAUAUCUUAUAUUUUCCUAUUUUGAAGAAAUUCUAAAAACCCUGAUGUAAAAGUGCAUGGUGUAUUGUGUAACCCAAUCAUGAACCUUCUCGAGAAAUAGAAAAAAAACGACAAAAAACAACAGAAGCUAGCUGAAGCACGUAUUUCAAUCAGAUUUGAUUUCACUAAUAGAAAGAUCAUGUUAUGCUUUUUACAUACACAUGCGGUGUGUUGGCAACUUCUGCUUAUAGUACUUUAAAAAAUUAACAACUUAAUAAAUGUGUAGGCCACUCCCUUA